CAUCGAAUACCCCUCCGCGCGUGUUCGGGGCUAAAAAUAAAAUGAACGGCCGUGAAGUCAUGGCUGUUCGUUAGAAUCAGUCUUUGUGGCUAGUUGGCUGAUUUAUCAGCUGGGCUUUCCUGCCAAACGUUGGAAAAUGAACAGUUCGCCAAGUGAUCAAUUCCAAGUUAGUUUUAAAAUAUUCCAUUUUUGCUUCGAAGUGGAGUAGCUCCAGGCGCUAAGAUCAAGAUAACUGUCAGAUAACGAUCCAACAAUAAAAAAGAGCAGCCAGACCAUCAUGGGAAAAUCGGAAGUUCAGUCGCUGCCCAUUCAUCGUUCAGAAACCAACCUAGUGUGCAUCCCGGCGAACUGCAAAGACAUCCAAAUGGCGAACUACACUCAACGUUUCGAGAAGCUCGAUCUGUCCAAGCGCUGUGCACACGAAGAGUUGCCGGAAGAGCCGGAAGAAGACGAGCCUUUGAACAUACCGAGUGGUUUCCAGGUUUUCUCGAAUCAAGUGGCAGGGCAUCUGAACAGCAAAAAGUAUAUUGGAAUGUUGAAAGAAAAUGAAGUAGUCCUAAAACCGAUUCAUAAAAAAGAAAACGGAGAAAGAGAAAUAGGUUUUUAUACGAGCAUCCAAAAUUCAGUGGAUAAGACUUUUAGUGAACUGAAAAGUUUGGUACCAAAGUAUUACGGAACAAAAAUAGUGCAAGUGAAUGGUGAUGAAUACGAAUAUAUAGUCAUGGAAGAUCUGAUUAAAAAUUUCAAAGAGCCCUGCAUCAUGGACGUAAAAAUUGGAAGAAGAUCUUGGGAUCCGACGGCUUCACAGAAAAAAAUACAAUCGGAAGAAACCAAAUACCAUGAUUGUAAAAGAGAUCUCGGAUUUUGUAUCCCAGGUUUUCAAGUGUACAAAAUAAGUAACAAUCAAUUUAUAAAACAUGGAAACGAAUACGGAAAAAACUUAAAUAAGGAACGAGUUGAAGAUGCAAUUCGAACCUUCUUAAAUGCUGAUGGUGGCAAAGUAUGUAGGAGCUUGAUCGUGCAGUUCUUGGCUGCUUUGUGGCAAAUCCAAUACUGGGCCAGAAAUCAAAGGAGGCUAAGACUUUAUUCCUCCUCGAUACUGCUGGUUUACGAUGCCCGGCGACUUCGAGAAAAAACUAAACACGUCAAGGUUGCAUCUUCGUUGAAAUUGUCAAGAAAAAGCAGUCUAUACCGCCCUAUGAGCAUGGCCCAACUGAACAGUUCCGAAAAAGUACAAACCGGAUUCAGCGGCCAACUCACGAAAGAGGGGCCAAUUUUGCAACCGCCAAGAUCGCCUAACAAACUUAUUAAUUUAGAAGUUCCUAGUCUUGACAGUAACAACACUUGGCAUAAGUCAAUUCACAGUUUGAAAAGAACUCAUUCUUUUCAAAACAAUUACGAUAAAGACGUUCAGAAUAAAAAACAAGACUAUACAUUUCUUUUGGACGAGUUGUGCAGUGAUAGAAAAUCUGAAUGUUGGGCUACGGCCAAGAUGAUAGAUUUUGCGCAUGUUUUUCCUGCUGAAAACUGUGAUAUAGAUAGAAAUUAUUUGAAUGGAAUCGAAAAUUUAGUUAAUUUAUUUGAAGAGUUUUUAUUUGAGAGUGAAUAAAUUUCAUCUGAAUAAAGUAUUUUCAUACUGCUUCUGCUGAGUGUUGUGAAUUCAUCACUUUAUAUAAUAAAGACAAUGACAUCACAUGUACUUUGUGAAUAAAUUCUACAUUUUUUACCGUAUUUAAACUUAAUUAUUUUUGUAAAACCAUGAUGAUGAUAAAUUAUUAAAAAUCUCCGAAAUUCA